AUGCUUAGUGCAACAUCCUUUUCUACCCAUCUCGGGACUCGACCACCGCGCUACCGCACUCCCUCACCUCCGCGACGCGCCGUCGAGCCGAUUUCACCCUGUUCAACCUCCGACAUCCGAGCCUCAUGGAUUGACCGCAGCAUCGCCAGGGUGGCUGCCUCCGAUCGUGACCCAUACCCCCCGAGUCAUAACGGUUAUCAUGCUACAGAUCAUUCCGCUGCUCAUCGACCGAGUCAUGGCAGAUCGAGUUCGACCAUCGACGCACUCGCGACCAUCGCUUUAGCCACCAGCCCUACCUUCGCACCUCUCUCCUACCGUCCCCCUUCUCAGAACUCGACACCCGCAUUGUCGCUUUUCCCUUCCGAACCCAUCGAUUCCUCCGAACGUCCCGCCAAGCGACCGCGCUCCGAAAAAGAUCAAUCGCCGUUCCAUUCCCACCGGUCGCUGCCCGUGCCCGAUGCAAAUUCUUCCGCGGUGCUUGAUAGCAUGAAGACGGAUGCAGAGCUUCUAUUGAACUUUGCCCGACCCACCAACUUCCAGCCUACCAUUCAGCCUGCCAAACGAGUCAGCAUAGAUGAGCACGCUCUUUACGCCGGAAGUGAAACCCGGCGUUUCGAUAGGAUUGGGUCCGCGGUGGGAUCAUGGGCCGCUCACACCGAAAACCUUACCCACACUAUUUCAAGCAAUAACGGCCUCCCACCAUCUCGAAUGAGGUCACAGUCUGAUGGAUCAGCAGCCAUUGCGCGACCAACAAUACAGGGCUUGCGGCCUAACACCAGUUCUUCAACUCUUCCCCCGAUACUCUGGCAGGAUGAAGAGGGUGCGGAGGACGAUCACUGGGGUUCAGCAAACAAACACAUUUCCAGCGGCACACAAUCCAAUGUUCAGGCUGCCGAUGUUAUGCGCGCUCCACAUGCAGGAUCGAUGCCGGCGGACCUGCCUCCCAAGACGGAAGACGACACAGAGUCGGAGGAGUCCGGUCAGGCCAGCUGUGCUGCUUGUAAUCUCGUUCGCAUACCAAUCGACACUGGUGAGCAAGGUGAUGUGACUUGGAUCAGUUGUGAUGGCUGCAAGCGCUGGUUUCAUAUCGUCUGCGCUGGUUUCAAGAAUGAUAGAGAGGUGCGGACUGUGGAUAAGUUCAUCUGCCGCGCCUGUGGGCCCUUGCAUGGACGGACGACAUUUGUUCGCAAGUCAUCUCGCGCCCGUACCGCAAUCGACUAUGCUGGUCUGAACCAAGGGCUUGUCAAAGCUGCAACAGAUUCACUAGAACAUCAUUACAUUGAACCUAUUCGCCAAGGCAAGAUUCGGUUCCUCCCUGAGAAUUUCCCCCGCAUGCGCCCGGAGCUCAUCACGGCCGAGUACUUCGAAAGAGGCAGUGGCAUGACAGAACCGAUAGUCAUUCCUGCCGAGUGGAAUACUCAAAACCCGGCCCCAACGCUUCCUUCGGACUUGGACGCACUAGCGCAGGAAGCGCCCACGCAAGAGAUGUUUGAUGAACUCUUAGACCAUCUCGAUGCGGGCGAGCAAAGCUUUGAGCAGGUGUUAGACUGCGGCCAGGAUCAACUGGACAUGGUGAUACCCCAAGGCUUGACGGUCAGACAGGUGGCCGAGCUCUACGGACCCGAAGAGAGGGUCGAAGUCAUCGAUGUCAAAUCUCAACAAGGAGAGGACAAGAGAUGGACCAUGGAAAAAUGGGCUGAUUACUAUGAGAGCACAGGUGACAAGGUAGUGCGAAAUGUCAUCAGCUUAGAAGUGUCCCAGAGUCCAUUGGGCAGGCUCAUCCGACGACCAAAGGUGGUUCGUGAUCUGGACCUGCAAGAUUCAGUCUGGCCCCAAGAACUCCAAGCAGUGGGAGACUACCCAAAAGUACAGUUUUACUGCUUGAUGUCAGUGGCCGACUGUUACACCGACUUUCAUAUUGACUUUGGGGGGUCGUCCGUCUACUAUCAUAUUCUGAAAGGCAAGAAGACCUUUUUCUUCAUCCCGCCUACGGACAGGCAUUUGAAGAAAUAUGAGGAAUGGUGCAAUUCGCCCGCACAGGAAACCACCUUCCUCGGUGACCAAACCAAGGAAUGCUACCGCGUAGACCUUGUCGAAGGCGACACAAUGUUGAUCCCCUCUGGCUGGAUCCAUGCUGUCUGGACUCCGGAGAAUAGUCUGGUCAUUGGGGGCAAUUUCCUGACAAGGCUGAAUUAUGGGAUGCAGAUCAAGAUUGCAAAUAUUGAGAAGGACACCAAGGUACCAAGGAAAUUCCGGUACCCGUUCUUCCAGAAAAUUCAGUGGUAUACCGCGUUGAAGUACCUCGAGGAAGACCCGGUUCCCCAGGGCGUUCUCGACGCAUUUGCACAGGACGAAAAUUAUCGCUUUCAUCGAGACUAUCCCAUAUACUAUGAAUUCGGAGACAGGACGAACACCGCCCCGCCAGGCUCUCCCUAUCAUAACUCACGCUUCUAUUCACAAGCAGAGUUGGAAGGUCUGCCAGAUCUUGCAAAAUACCUUCUGCGUACCGCCUUGAUCGCUGGGUCCUACCUUGUGGAAGGGGUAACGGUGGAUGCUAGGAAUGCAGUCAAACGAUCAAUACCCAAGACGCCAGGCGAUCCAGUCGACGUUGUUAAGCAGUUUGGGAUAUGGGUCGCAUGGAAGCGUGGAAACGAGAAAGCACCUCAGUGGACUCGCCCCGGCGUGAUCGAGAGCAACCCAAAACUCACCCUUGUGGAGAAAAAGCCAGCUGGACGACCUAGUCGUCGCUCAGAGCGCAACGUGGACAGCCAACGUACCUAUGCCGAGCGACAGGCUGUGCAGCGACUCCCGGAGCCACUUAAGGAUCUGCCGAUUCAAUCGAGCAACAAGAGCAGCUCCAGUGUGCCUUCGGUCACGGAUUCCCAUAUUUCUCCGAGUCUUUCCAGCGCCAAUGCAGGUAUCAAAGAGGAGACCGUGCCUAAGCCUCGAACAGCACCUCGGGGCUCGGGGCUCGGUCCCAAACGGGUUGCAUGUGAUGCUUGUCGCAAACGCAGAAUCCGCUGCCAUCACAAGGACGAACAGAAUGAUAGCCUAUCAUCCAAACAGACGGCCAUGGGUGCUUUUGGUACCGGGGUCCAUUCGCCGGCGCAUGAUGCAGCGUCUGCUCUGAACUCAUUGGCGGCCAUUGCAUCGGAAGCAGGUCUUCAGGACAAUGGCGUCAGUAGGAACAUGGAUCGCUUUGAAGCGUCAUUGAUCACUGUGGGCACCCCACAUGCAUCGACCAACAGGCUCAAUGAACUCAGCCCCGAAGGGCAGAACACCGGUAAGAAAGGUCGGAGCAAGGCCUGUGACGACUGUCGGAAGAGCAAGCGCCGGUGUAUCCAUGAUGAGUAUGGAAGAAUCGAUCCAAUCAAAGCUCAAGAACGAGCAAAGCCACGAGCCGCGGCCUCCGUGAAACGGCCACGUCCCAAUGAAGAAGGAAUCGGCGCCGGUGUCAGCAAACGGAUGAAACAAGAAAGUACUUCUCCUGUGUCUCGGCCGCUUCAUUUUGGUAGUCGAGAUCACGCUAUGCUGGAUGUAGACCAUGUCGGUCAUGCUUCUAAGGAUCUGGACCUCCAUGAUCCAUAUGCCGACCUCCCUCAUGAAGACCAAGAUUCUCCACAACAAGCGGCAACGGACAAGGAGGCCCAGCUCGGACAGACCUCAUACGCAUCACCGCCUGCCUUUCAGUCCGACACCGUGGUGACAAACGAGGCCAAUUCUGCUCUUGCGUCUAAGCCCACAGCUACGCUCGUCUCGCCACCGACCUCGUUGGCGGACGAUACCGACGUUCCCAACGAUUAUGUAGAUGGUGAAGGAGAGCAUGUUGUGAUUCUCCAUACGCCCACGUCUAGCUCGCGACACUCUUCCCGCCAGCCUCGCCAGGUCGACCGGUAUAUUCCUGAAGUUCAUGUGAUCAAAACGAGCAAGUCGACGACGCACACGCCCAGCGCACGUCGUUCAUCCUUCGGCGCGUCAAGCACCGGUGUACGUAGGCCUACUCCCGGCCCAUCUUCGGGGCCCAAGAAAUCAGCAUCACGGCCCUCUUCAUCACACAAUGCGAAGAAGAGCUUCUGGCCGAUGGAUGAGAAGAAAGGCGAGCGUUCUACUGCAGCCUCAGUUUCCCCGGGCCAAUCCAACAGACCCACGAAGCGUGCUGCUGACGACGAGCCGGAUGCUGAGAGUCUUCGUCUGAUCCGCGAACUUCAGGAAGCUGAAUUCGGUCUUCGGAAGCGAUCUACGAGGGCGUGA